CUUGCCUUGCCUAUAAAAACCCGUCUCUGCUACCAUUCUUCCUCCCCCCUCCUUCCCUGUUCAAUCAUCUCUCCCUAUAUAACCUUCAUUUUUCUCCCUCGAGAGCUUCCUCUGUCUUUCUAGAGCUCUUGUGCUCUGCUUGCCUAAUUAGGUUCUUUGAUCGAAAAUGGAACACAAAGACCGCUACCUGCAAGCACAAAGACUCAAAUAUGAUUGCCUCCUUUUUGAUCUUGAUGACACCCUUUAUCCCCUUAGUUCUGGUAUUGCAGCUGCAUGUGGCAAGAACAUUAAAGACUACAUGGUUGAAAAGCUUGGCAUAGAAGAGAGCAAAAUCACUGCAUUGGGUAACCUUCUGUACAGUAAUUAUGGUACAACCAUGGCAGGCCUCAGGGCUAUUGGCUAUGACUUUGACUAUGAUGAGUACCACAGUUUUGUUCAUGGGAGACUACCAUAUGAGAACCUUAGACCAGAUCCUGUUUUAAGGCAUCUUCUGAUGACUCUGCCUAUUCGGAAAGUUAUCUUUACAAAUGCAGACAAGGUCCAUGCCCUUAAAUGUCUUAGCAGGCUUGGGUUAGAAGACUGUUUUGAAGGGAUUAUCUGCUUUGAGACCCUAAACCCCACUCACAAGAGCACUGUUUCUGAUGAUGAGGAUGACAUUGAGUUUGUGGGAUCAAGUGCUGAUGAUACUGUGGCUAACGGUCAUUCCGUAGCUAAUAACAGUAAUCCUAAAAUUUUUGACAUCAUUGGACAUUUUGCUGAACCAAUCCCAAGUAUUGAAUUACCAAAGACACCCAUUAUAUGCAAACCAUCAGAAGCUGCCAUAGAGCGUGCUCUCAAGAUAGCUAACGUUAAUCCUCAAAGAACUUUGUUCUUUGACGAUAGCGUCCGCAACAUCCAGGCCGGAAAGUGUGUAGGCCUACAGACUGUGCUGGUUGGCAAAUCUCAAAGGGUCAAAGGCGCGGAUUACGCCCUGGAAAGCAUCCACAAUAUCAAGGAAGCGUUACCAGAGCUUUGGGAGGCUGAGGUUAAAUCAGAAGUUGCUCGUUACGCAGGCAAAGUUGCAGUUCAGGCAUCAGUGACUGCUUAGAAUUGGACAUAUGUUGUUAUCAAGAAAUCAUGCUAUUGAGAUCCUACCAUCCCCAAUUUCUCAAAUCAUGAUUUAUAUGAUGUAAAUGUUUUUGUUCUGUUCAUAAUUUUAAUGUUAACAAAAGAAGAAAUAAAGAAAGAAAAGAAAAAAACUAUCUUCCUUGGCUUA